AUGAAGGUCCUGUUCUUCACCAUUGCACUAAGCCUGUUCUCUAUCCUCCAUGCUGAUGAUGUUGCAUUUUCUGCUUUUAAACCAUCGGAGGGCACAUACUAUGUACAAGUCAUUGCAGUAGACAAAGAAUUUCCUGAGGAGGAGAUACCUAGGGACAUGUCACCUUUGACCAUCAUGUACCUUGAUGAUGGCAAAAUGGAGGCCAGAUUUACCAUGAAGAAGGAUGACAACUGUGAAGAGAUUAAUAUAAUGUUGGAAAAAACAGUUGAACCCAGGAAAAUUACCAUGAACAGACGCCUACGCUACACCUGUGCUGCAGUAAGAACAUCCAAGCAGAAACAUUGGAUUCUAGUCUGUCCAAGAGAGUUUCAAGGCGAGCAAAUCAGAAUGGCUAAACUUGUGGGUCCAAAUACAGACAAGAACCCAAAGGCCCUGGAGGAUUUUUAUAGGUUUAUCUACAGAGAACGAUUUGAUAAAAGAAGAAUUAUCACCCCCAAACAAACUGAGGCCUGUGCCCCAGAACAUGCUUAA